UGAUUGACUCUCGUUUAACAUUUGCCAGGCGGUGUCGUCGUGCAGCGUCGAGUCCAUUCCAUAUCAAGGUUAUGGUUGCUGGGGUAACCGAAAACAACAGAGCCCUGCCUAGUAACCACCUGGGCCGUGGUCUGUGCGUAUUCCACCCCAUCGCUGACUCUUGGAACAGGUGCAAGGGGUCCCUUCUCUGUCUCUCCGGUAUGGCCGGCUCCAUGUCCCGAUUGAUUCCACUCGUAGACCUUCGUGCGUUCGGCUCUCUGGGGGUGCAGCGGAGGCGAGGGAUGGUCUAGUUAGGGUUGCGGUUCUUUAGGUUUUCGGGUUGUUGUGGAUAUCGGCUCUGGCAGUUGUUAAUGUUUGCUUCUAAAAUAAACUCCAGUUCGCGAGUGGUUACUCACAUAGGAAGAAACUCGAGAGAUCUAUAUUUAACUCGUCCGAUUCGUAUUACCCAGUGAUCAAGUGGAGAGAAUCUGGUUUAAAUGCGAUUGUGACUGAGGUGCAUCCAGAAACUAUGUGAAGAAUUGAAGAGUGCUAUUGUAAUAAGCAUGAACCGAUACAUAACGCUGACCCAACUGGGGGACGGCACCUACGGCACCGUCGUGCUGGGCCAGCGCAAGGACACCGGCGAGAAGGUGGCCAUAAAGAGAAUGAAACGCAAGUACUACUCCUGGGAGGAGGCUAUGAACCUGCGGGAAGUUAAGUCCCUGAAGAAACUGUCGCAUCCGAACAUCGUCAAGCUCAAGGAAGUGAUUAGAGAGAACGACACCCUCUACUUUGUGUUCGAAUACAUGAAAGAGAACCUCUACCAAAUGAUCAAGGAUCGGGACACCCACCUGCCCGAGCCCGAGCUUAAGAGCAUUCUCUUCCAGGUUCUCACUGGCCUGGCCUUCAUGCAUCGUCAUGGCUUCUUCCAUCGCGAUCUGAAGCCGGAAAAUCUUCUCUGUUCUGGCCCAGAGCUGAUCAAAAUAGCCGACUUCGGCUUAGCAAGGGAGAUCAGGUCGAGGCCGCCGUUCACGGACUAUGUGUCGACACGGUGGUAUCGGGCGCCAGAGGUGCUGUUGCACUCCACUAACUACGGCAGCACCAUCGACCUGUGGGCAAUGGGCUGCAUCAUGGCAGAGCUGUACACGUUCCGACCGCUCUUUCCGGGUAGCAGCGAGAUGGACCAGCUGUUCAAGAUCUGCUCCGUGCUGGGUACGCCAGAGAAGGGUGACUGGCCAGAUGGUUACCGACUGGCGUCCAUGAUCCACUUCCGCUAUCCAGAUUGUAUCAAAGUGCCACUAAGCAGCGUCGUCAGCCGCUGCAGCCAAAACGGACUCGAUUUGCUCGAAGAUAUGCUCGCCUACGAUCCCGACAAGCGUCCCACGGCCCAGCAGAGCCUCAAGUAUCCGUACUUUCACGCCCUCAAACGAAUCUCGCCAACGGCGGCCACCAAGGCGAAUGUUCGCCUCAGCUCCAAGUAUGCGGCGGCUUCUUCUGGCCAGCUCCUGCUACCUCAGACCCAGACUGUGUCAAACCACGUGCUUCCGGUGCAGGAGAAGCUCCAAGUUGUCACAGAGCUCAUCCACCAGGGCAACAGCAACAACAACAACAACCUUAGCAAUGGCAAGGGUCUCUCGAAGAACGUGAGCCUGAGAAAGUACCAGCCGAAGCUGAGCUUCUUAACCAGCCACGAUAUGGGCAUGCCUGUUGCUGGGGGAGGAUCGAUCCCGCAAUCCCUGGCAGAUUCUUCCAGCCUGGUCGGACCCACAGGAGAUCAACGCCAGACACAGCACCAGCCACAGAACGGAGGUGAAUCCAUCAACGACAUCUACUUGAAUCGCAACAUUGCCCAGCUUUUUGGAUUGCCCGCAGCAGAGGGAUCUCAGCAGCAUUUGUACCACCCGAAUGUCUCCUUCAGCAACACCAUGUCCCGCAACGCUGGAGCCAUUUAUGUGAAUGGAAGCCAGCUGAGCUACGACACGGCCAACAAGAAUACCAAAAACAAUCCCAAGCUCGUUGUUGGCGCAGCUGGCACCAACGGUGGCUACUAUGUACCGGUGACACGCAACUCCGUCUUGGCCCCUGAUUCCAAGGUCUACAACGUGUUCUCUAAGGUGAGCGCCAACCAAGCCCCGCCCAGCUUAAUCGUGCGCCAGCCACAGCAACAGCAGCAUCAACAUCCCUCCUAUGAAGCGUCAUCCAUGUUGGGUGAGGGAGUACUCAAUGGAGCCGGCAUUCGGUUGUCCGCGCGAUCCCGUCCGACCGCGCAGGAAUCCAAGGUGAGGUCUGACGAUCUGGACCAGAUACUCGGCUCCAAGCUGAAAACCUCCGCCAAACGCCAGCGCAAUGCUAAGGCCAAUAUGCUCCUGGAGGACCUGUUUGGCCAGCUGUCGAUGGACUCUGACAGUGACGGCAAGUACCCUCACACAGUUCCGCCCACGCAGCAGGCGAAGAGUGGCGCCCAUCGAGAACGCGACCUCUUCGGCGAAAGCUUCCUGCGACCCGGCAUCCGGAAGAAGAACACCCAGAGCAGCCUAGAGGUGAACAACGGCAGUCACGCGGACUCGCUAGCACAAAACAGACAGAAGCAGAAGCCAGCAGCAGAAACAGGAGCCGCGGCAUUCCCCUGGGAUGAGACCAACAAGACGGAGGAUGAGAAGCUGACCGCCUGGAUGGUGGCCGAGAACGGAUCGCUGCUGGAGAAUAAAUUUUGAGGAGAUCAUCGACUAGCAAAGUGCCGUUGUACCUGAAACAGAAUGGAAUGAAUACUUCUUUUUC